GGCGAAGAUGGCUGCGGCCAAAGCGGCCAGGGAGGCCGCCGCCCAUGGUGCCGGAUCGUCUGCCUCUGACGCCGCCCGUCGGACUGCAGAUGGUGAGCAGCAUCUGAUUGCCACCCUCCUGAAUGAGGGGGCCAUACCCCAUCAUGCUGAAUCUGCUCUCCCCCCCGCCGGUCGUCACAACGAAGGUGGUUCCCAAGAAGGGGGGCGAGAGGGCCCCAGAGAAGAAGCCGAAGAGGGGGCGAGACUGCUCUUCCUCCGGCCCCAUUGUUGAAGAUGCCAACGGUCUCUCCCUGAGCCGGCCGGCGGAAGAGCUUUGGAGGGAGCUUGGGGCCAAGGCCGGCCUCGAACUGGCCCCUCGGUCGUCUUCUGAAGCGACCAGCGCCGCUCUGGCAGCGGCCAUCCAGGGCUGUUGGUGCUGCAAGCCGAGGCUGCCAGGGAGGCCGCCCUGCAGGAGGCGAGGAGCAAGGCUGAUGCCGCCAUAUUGAAGGCUCGGGAGGUCGCCCGUCGGGCAGAAGAAGAGGCUGCCUCAGCCAGGGAGGAGCUUCGGUCCCUUCGGGCUGAAACUGGCGCCCAACUGGCCUGUCUGGAGAAGGCCGGCUUCAAGCUUAUGCCGGUGCUUCCGGCCCCCAAGGGUGCUAACCCGGAAUGGUGCGUCGAUACCUCCGGCUACCGGAAUACUGGCGAGUUCAUGGACUCGGCCAAGGAUUUCUGCGCUGGGGCCUUUGGAGACGUGUUCUCCCAUGCCCUGGAGAAGGUCCCGGCGAAGGAUCGUCUGAAAUACGGCGUGCGGCUAAUGGGAAGCUCCCCCUUAUCGCGCCAAUUCCUUUAUGAUUCUGCUGAUAGCGCCUUCGCCGGUGGCUAUAACGAAGGGGUCAAAGCCUUUCUCCCCAUCUUUGAGAAGCUUCUGGGCCCUGACGUCAACCCGGCCGAUCAUACGGAAGAGGACCUGCUGAUCGAAGCCCUGGGGAAAAUAAAGCGGGAUAGGCGCCGAGCGGCGGCCAUAGCCAUGGGGGAUAUCCCGGAACCCCCAACCCCUGAGCCCGAGCCUCAGGUGGAAGAGCACACUCAUGCCGGGAGCCGGCCAUCGUCCCCCCAUAUGUGCUGAUUUAUAUUUUAGUCUAGCCUUCCUUCCGACUGUAGCGUGUAGACUUGUACUUUCCAGCCGAUAGUGCUGAAGAAUAAAAAUCCAUGUUUUGCCAAA